AUUUUACUGUUGGUUUUUAAGUAUGGAGCAUACUCCUGCGCCCUAUGGCCCCAGGGCCGUCUACGGAUACGUCAUGUAUAUCGGGUCGAAUAUGCUCUUCCUGUUGUACAUGACAUGGGCGAUAAUACCGGACGAAGUGCUGCACGACUAUUUAGGCCUGACGUAUUGGCCCUCCAAGUAUUGGGCAGUCGCGAUCCCCGUAUGGGCGUUGACCGCCCUAGCUACAUUUGCGUUUCUGAUUUAUCCGGCUAUCAAUAUGCUGAUAACUCCAGAUAUCGAUGAUAUUAGGACCAUCACGGAUAAGUACGCUCUACAAAAAACCGAAAGUACUCCAGGCGCUCCAGGCGGAAUACCGGCUGUGUCCGACAUACCGAUUACAGAAGUUUGCAGGAGAUUAUAUUUGAGAAAAAAGAACUCAUAAUUGUUGUAAUAAUUAUAAUUUAUUUUUCCUAACGCGAGCGUGAAAUGGGUCG